AUGGGGUCGUUGUUCCGGAGUGAGGAGAUGACAUUAUGUCAACUUUUCCUCCAAAGUGAAGCUGCCUAUGCCUGCGUGUCUGAACUCGGAGAAUUAGGACUGGUGCAGUUCCGUGACUUAAAUCCAGACGUUAACGCAUUUCAAAGAAAAUUCGUCAAUGAAGUCCGCCGCUGUGAUGAGAUGGAGCGAAAGCUCCGCUACCUUGAGAAAGAGAUCCGUCGAGAUGGGAUCCCCAUGCUCGAGAUUCCCGGCGAAUGCCCGGAAGCACCACAGCCUAGGGAGAUGAUUGAUCUUGAGGCUACAUUCGAAAAGCUGGAGAACGAACUCCGCGAAGUAAACCAAAACGCCGAAGCUCUAAAGAGAAAUUAUCUUGAGCUCACCGAACUCAAGCAUAUACUAAGAAAAACUCAAGUUUUCUUUGACGAGAUGGCGGACCCGUCGCGCGAGGAGGAACAGGUGACCCUACUUGGGGAGGAGGGACUCAUGGCGGGCGGGCAAGCUCUGAAGCUUGGUUUCGUGGCUGGAGUGAUUCUUCGCGAGAGAAUACCCGCUUUCGAGCGUAUGUUAUGGCGCGCUUGCAGAGGCAAUGUUUUUCUUCGUCAGGCGGAGAUCGACACACCUCUAGAAGAUCCAUCUUCCUCGGACCAGGUGUACAAGUCUGUCUUCAUCAUCUUCUUCCAAGGUGACCAGCUGAAGACACGUGUGAAGAAGAUCUGCGAAGGAUUCCGCGCGACCCUGUACCCCUGCCCUGAAGCUCCCGCUGACAGGAGAGAAAUGGCCAUGGGUGUUAUGACCAGAAUCGAAGAUCUAAACACGGUCUUAGGCCAGACCCAAGACCAUCGCCACCGUGUGCUGGUGGCUGCUGCUAAGAACAUCAAGAACUGGUUCGUCAAGGUGCGCAAGAUCAAGGCCAUUUAUCACACACUCAACUUGUUCAAUCUGGACGUGACGCAGAAGUGUCUCAUCGCUGAGUGCUGGGUGCCAGCUCUGGAUAUGGAGACCAUCCAGUUAGCCUUGAGGAGAGGAACGGAACGUAGCGGCAGCUCAGUCCCUCCCAUCUUGAACCGCAUGGAGACGGCCGAAGACCCUCCCUCGUACAACCGAACGAAUAAGUUCACGUCAGCCUUUCAGAACCUCAUCUAUGCAUACGGAGUGGCCACCUACAGAGAAGUAAACCCUGCCCCAUACACAAUCAUCACGUUCCCGUUUCUGUUCGCGGUGAUGUUCGGUGAUCUCGGCCACGGUGCGCUGAUGGCCCUCUUCGGCUUUUGGAUGUGCUACAAGGAGAAACCACUGCAAGCUAAGAAAAUUGACUCUGAGAUCUGGAGCAUCUUCUUCGGCGGUCGGUACAUCAUCCUGCUGAUGGGGCUGUUCUCCAUGUACACCGGUUUGAUCUACAACGACAUAUUCUCCAAGUCAUUGAACAUCUUCGGUUCGUCGUGGCGCAACAACUAUAACGAGUCAACGCUCACCUCCAACAAGCUGCUGCAGCUCAACCCUGACUCCUGGGACUACCUGCAGUCGCCCUAUCCCUUCGGUAUUGAUCCUGUGUGGCAGCUUGCCGAGGCCAACAAAAUCAUUUUCAUGAAUGCCUUUAAAAUGAAGAUCUCCAUCAUCAUCGGUGUGUUCCACAUGUUGUUCGGUGUCUGUCUCUCGCUGUGGAACCAUGUUUACUUCAAACGCCGCAUCAGUAUCUACGUGGAGUUCAUCCCACAGAUCAUGUUCCUUACCCUGCUAUUCUUCUACAUGGUGCUGCUCAUGUUCAUCAAGUGGACCAGCUACGGACCCAGCCCUGCUUUGAACUUCAACACGUCUCUCCCAGAGGUGGUGAGGAGCAGCGGAUACUGUGCCCCCUCAAUUCUGAUCACGUUCAUCAACAUGAUGCUGUUCAAGCACGACGAGAAUGCGCGCGAGGUCUGCGACGAAGUCAUGUUUGCAGGACAGAUGACCAUACAGAAGAUGUUUGUGAUCAUUGCGCUGCUGUGUGUGCCAGUCAUGUUGUUCGGCAAACCUUACUUCAUCAUGAAGGAUCAGAAACAGAGAGCCCGUCAGGGUCACCAGCCCGUGGACGGCGCGGCUGAGAACGGUUGUGCCGGCGGAGCUGUUGCGCCUGCGCACGGACACCAGGACGAAGAGAUCACCGAGGUGUUCAUCCAUCAGGGUAUCCACACGAUCGAGUACGUGCUGGGCAGCGUGUCUCACACGGCCUCGUACCUGCGCCUGUGGGCGCUGUCGCUUGCGCACGCGCAGCUCGCCGAGGUGGCCUGGAACAUGCUGCUACGGAAAGGUCUGCAGAGUCCGGGCUACGAAGGCGGUAUCAUGCUGUACGUGGUGUUCGCGGGCUGGGCCGCCAUCUCCGUAUCCAUCCUCGUGCUGAUGGAGGGGCUGUCCGCUUUCCUUCACACGCUACGUUUGCAUUGGGUGGAGUUCCAGAGUAAAUUCUACGCGGGCGAAGGGUACCUGUUCCAACCAUUCUCCUUCGAGAUAAUACUCGACUCGGCCGGCCAGGGUGAGGAGUAG